AUGCCCGAAACCACCGACCACAAGCGCCCUCAAAGCGCACUGCGCAGCCCUCGCUUCCACGAAGACUUUGAUGCGCCUUUCUCUGAGGCCCUCCUCAACGCAUCUACAAUUACUCUUUCCACCGACAGCGACAGGUCGCCCCUCCCCCAGGAAACAAGCGACAUGUCCACCAAGCAGACGCAGACGCAAUCGCCACGGCCCAUGCAGACCCGCGAAGAUAGCUGGUCGUCUACGCACUCUAGCCGCAGCACGAGCAGUACCAAUUCUGGUGUAAAUGAUAGGAUACGCGAGUGGGCGAGGAAGUCGUUCUUGGUGCGGAGACGCUCUGACGAUGGGCAGUCGUCUCAGUCAUGA